UCCUUUCGACAUAAGUACUAGUCAUAACUUGUCUCGCUCGUCUUUGUUGAUAAAAAGCACGGUCGUAAAAAAUAUCUUUGCCUUCUCGUCCUCAGUGAUAGUUGCCGGUGUCAGUGUUUUGUAAAACGCAGAUAACAUUUAAAACCAAAAAAACAACAGACAAAAUAUACCACGUAGCUACACUCUCUACGGCAUUACUUAAAUAGCUGCACUAAAAAUGUUGUCAACGCCACGACAACAACAGCAACAACGACCACCACCACAACAGCGUGUGAGAAUCAGAGGCGUACUCUUCCGCGUUAUUGACCAGGUUCCUAACGAUCCUAAAAUCGACCCACCACCGAGAGCAUGUUUCAACUGUUGGAAAGUCGGCCAUGUAUUCACGGAUUGCCCCCUUCCUCAGAGAUACAUGUGCCCAAAUUGUGGUCGCCGAGAAGUUGAUCUCCUGUCGUGCCCUCGCUGCAGCAGAACUUACAUCGAGUGGAUGGAGGACAAGCGAAAGGUCAAUCUCAAUGAUUAUUAUUGGUAUAACAAGAUGAAUAAAAGCAAGAAAGAAGGCAAACAGUAUGUUGAAAAGGGUCCAAGGGCAGAAAGGUCACUACCGGCUCGUAGAUACAACAGAGGAGAUGAGCAAAGAAAGGAAGUGAUGGAUGAGGUGUACGAGUCAGCAAGAAGUGAUGUAUAUUCGGAAGUUUCGCAGAUCCCAUCGAGUGCUGGAGCUAUAUGCUGCAACUCUAGCGGAGGUUCGAGUGAUCUGAUCGAUAAAGUCUCUCGUCUGAUGGAGCUUAUGGCUCCCUUGUCAGCCUCAAACCAGAACUUGGUUAUGAAAAGCAUUUUUAACAACCAUGAUCCAGCUGAAGAUCCAAACUAUCAGUUUGGCAGUAACAUUGAUGAUUUGAAUGAUGAAGCAGAGGAUAUCCAGUAUAGUUAGUUAGUGAGCAUAAGAUUACAUUUUAUUUUGUAAAAACCAUUUUCUACUUUGUGUUUGCGUCUUUGAGUAACUAAUGUAACUUUGAGUAACUUAAUAGUCUGAAGUUUUGAUGAAACGUGCUUUUAUUGUGACAAAGCAUGGUAAAAAAAGUUUAUAAGCUUUGAUAUAUAU